UUCACCAACACACGCCAACACCAACAGGCCCCCCCCCAAAAAAAACAGCUAUACACCAACUCCCUACAGCACAGAGACUUCUAGUGACCGGUCAACAUGCCUAAGAAUAAGGGAAAAGGUGGUAAGAAUCGUCGUAGGGGGAAGAACGAGAACGACAACGAGAAGCGUGAACUCACCUUCAAAGAAGAGGGCCAAGAGUACGCCCAAGUCAUAAAGAUGCUCGGCAACGGCCGUCUCGAAGCGCAAUGUUUCGACGGCGCUCGCCGUCUCGCCCACAUCCGGGGCAAACUUCGCAAGAAAGUCUGGAUCAACCAAGGCGACAUCAUCCUACUCUCGCUGCGCGACUACCAAGACGAAAAGGGUGACGUGAUCCUCAAGUACACAGCCGAUGAAGCCCGCUCCCUCAAGGCCUACGGCGAGCUACCUGAAAACGCAAAGAUCAACGAGACGGAUACGUAUGGCGACCAGGGCGAUGAGGGCAUCGGCUUUGAGUUCGACGAGGACAGAGAUGAGAGCGAUGAGGGUGGCGAGGGCAAAGAAGUGGAUAUCGAUGAUAUUUAAGGAGCGGCGUGCGUGUCCGCCAUGCUGUCUUAGUCUUCUCUGCCGUGCUGCGCUGCUGCGUGUGCUCGCAAGAGGAGCGAGAGGAGGCUGGGACGGCUCAAAUGCGCACCACUUGCUAGCGGGCGGACGAUUUAGAGGUCUUGAUGUUUCUUCUAUUGAUACGACUGCAUGUUAAGGGCUGGGCUUCGUGUUCGUCCUUCUACGUAAUCCUUACCUGUGCUGGCCUGAAAGAUAGAGGAGGACUUGGUAGCUCGACUCAUAUAUUUAGCUACACACCUGAGACGAGAACUCAAGCAUGCUUUCUUCAU